AUGGCUCUUCGCAGACUCCAGGCCGAGCUCCUCGACCUUAACAAUAACCCUAUCGAUAGCGUCUCCGUCGGACCCGUUGACGAGAGCAACGUCCUCCACUGGCGAGGCCAGAUCGCCGGACCUGCCAACUCGCCUUACAAGGGUGGCAUCUUCAAGCUGGAUAUUGUCUUCACCACUGACUAUCCCUUCAAGCCCCCAAAGGUCAAGUUCUUGACCAAGGUGUACCACCCCAACAUUGACGAGGAGGGCGCCAUCUGUGUUGCUUUGUUGAAGAACGACCAAUGGAAGCCAGCAACACGCAUUAGCCAAGUGUUGAAGUCGUUGGUGGCGUUGUUGGAGCAGCCCAACCCUGACGAUCCUUUGAUGACCGACAUUGCAGAGAUCUACUCUACUGAUCAGCCCAAGUUCCAGAAGAACGCCAAGGAGCAUACCAAGAAGUACGCUUCCGCGUAA